AAUUCUUUGAUCCUACCAAGACGAUAAAAACCCAAUCAUGAAAUCCUUUAAUUUCCUUUGGUUGCUGGCUGCUGGCCUCAUUACUCAGGUGCAAGCCGAUGAGUCCCCCAUUGAGGGAUAUAGCAUUGAGGAGUUCUCAUGGGAAGUCGAGACAACCCCCGGCGGGCCAACCGUCGUUCUGAACGGCACCGUCGAGAAAGUCCUAUCUCAACUGCGCGAGAUCAACCCUAACUACGAAGCCGAGUUCGCCACUGUUGUCCCUGAGAUUGACCAGCCUGCCGAACACGCUGCUGAGGAAGAAGACACUUCAUCGCACUUGGCCAAGCGUGGAGAUGUUGUCUGUGGCAAAUUCCCCUCUGCUUAUCAGAGCGAUAUCGACCAAGGCAUCAAGUACUUGAGAAGUGUUCCUGGCAAGCCUCAGAGAGGACCUGGCCCUGGCAGCUGUGGUCAGGUCAGCUGUUCCUGGUCAUCGGCUAUUUGGUGGUGCAAUGAUAAUACCUUUACCAAAGUCCUACCCAGCUUUAACAACAUUGCCGACGGCGCGCAACUGAUUAAAAACACUUGUCUUCAUGGAGGUCAGACCUUCUCUGGUCAGGAUUUCCAUAACGAUAAGUGGAACACCAUUGUUCGUUUCCACAAGUGUUAA